AUGAAUCUACCAAACUAUUCUUAUUACUCUGGCAUGUGCAACAUGACUGCAGAGAACCAACACUCUCCCGCUGAGGCCAGUCCUGUUGUCAUGUCUCCAAACGUAAGUUUAGACUCGUCUCUGCCUCCCGCGCCUUCUGCGCUCAUGCUACAGCCACACUCCAAAGACAACAUUCUGAUCAAGUCUGAGCCUAGAGGCAGCAGCCCCAAUGUGGAAGAUGCUUCUGCUCUGGGCCAAACAGAGGAGAAUCUGCCCACUGGGAGCCGCCGGAGGAAGAGGCCGGUCCAGAGAGGAAAGCCUCCUUACAGCUACAUCGCCCUCAUCGCUAUGGCCAUCGCCAACUCUCCAGACAGGAAGCUUACUCUGGGAGGAAUCUACAAGUUCAUCAUGGAGCGCUUUCCUUUCUACAGAGAGAACUCAAAAAAGUGGCAGAACUCCAUCCGCCACAACCUCACCCUAAAUGACUGCUUUGUGAAGAUCCCCAGGGAGCCGGGCAGACCUGGAAAGGGCAACUACUGGACCUUGGAUCCCGCUGCUGAAGACAUGUUUGACAAUGGCAGUUUUUUGAGGAGAAGAAAGAGGUUCAAGCGCACAGAUGUGAGCACCUAUCCAGGUUACAUGCAGAGCUCCAGUGCCUUCACCCCCACUCCGAUGGGCAGAACCACCUAUCCCAACACGCUUUACGCAGGGAUAGGCUCGGGCUAUGCACCCCAACAUCCCGCCAUGUUGCACCAUUACCAAACAUCUGCUGCUGGGGUCGCGCCUGGUCAAGCGCGCAUGUUCAGCAUUGACAACAUCAUCAGCCAACAACCUGGGCAAGGCGCGGACUUGAACUCCCAGUUAGCUCUAGGAGGAGGCGAUCUUGGCUCUAUGAACCCUGGUUGCUCUGUGACUCCCACGGACCCAUCUGCAUGUUUUCAGACUCAAAAUACUAACAUAUUAAGCAGGAAUAGUGCCAACAUCUCGUACCCAUAUUCCACAACAGCAUCGCCCCCAAACCUUCCCACUAUGACACAGUCCGGCUUCUCGCCAGGGGGCUCACAGGUUUACUGUUCUGCCAACAGAGUUACACUGCCCCCAAUACGCACCAGCUCAUGCGCCGAACACACGGAACAGCUGCUGGGACUGACCAACAUAAACUCAUACAAUAAUUCGUAUAUGAGACAAGCCAACUUUGCCUCGGGUCUUGAAAGAUACAUGUGA